UCUUGGAUUCAGCUUCUCUGCUAGAAUUCAUUUUGCUAGGAUCUGCUUGGAUAACACUCUCAGCUCGCCACGUGUUACUGGUUCAAUCUAAGGGCUAUAAUGCUUACAACACAGAAAGCCUGAACUUCACUAACGAUCCUUUAACGUCAGUGUUGAAUCGAACAAGAUCUCUACCCCUGGACUCCUCGCAUCUCCCUCUCUCUUCGCCCAAUUUCCUCCUUCCCCUCAUCGGACCCCCUCAUCAUCUAGUCGUGAACUGAAGCCGAGUCCGAUCUCUCGACUCCUCACUUAACUCUCAAGAUUUUCCAGAUGAUGGGUAAGACUCACACCGUGGCUUAGAGAAGAGAAAUGGGUUUAGCUUCACAUGGGAGAAACCUUGCAUUUCAGAUUGGUAAUCCAAAAUCAAGGCUUUUGAUUCGGGUCCACUACUACUGCAGUUAUAAAUCAGAGAGUAAAAAGCAAGAGGAUGAUGAAACAGUGAGGGAAAUCUGUACCAUUCUGAAGCGAAGCAGAGAGUGGGAGUCCGUGUUGAGCUCAUCAGGGUUUCCCAAGAAGCUAAACCCUUGUGUGGUUCGAUCCGUUCUUCAACAACACCACCAGAUUGAUGACCCAGAGAGACUUUUAAGUUUCUUUGAUUGGUCUGGUGCCCAAUUGGGUGUGCUCCCAAAUUUGCAUUCUUUUUCGAUUAUGGCUGUUGUUUUGUGUAAUUCCAAGCUUUUUGGGCAUGCCCAUGGUGUGUUGGAGAGAAUGGUUAGGACCCGGAAGCCGGCUUUAGAAGUUUUGGAUUGUGUUGUUAGGUGUUUUAGAGAGUUUGAGGGGUCUGAUAUGGUGGUUUUUGAGAUUUUGAUUAAUGUGUUUACGAUGGGGGGUUGGUUUUAUGAGGCUGCUGAUGUGUUUUUGGGUGUUAGGAGUGUUGGGAUUUCGCCGAGAUUGGAAUGCUGUAAUUCUCUGUUGAAUGAGUUGUUGAAGGGUAAUAGGAUGAGGCUGUUCUGCAGAAUUUGUUCAGUUAAUCUGAAAUGCCAUUUUUAUUUUCUGUUGUGUUUUCUUUGCACCUAAAGAGUUUAUUGACAUUUUAUAUUAUGUUUUGGACUUUUGGGCAAGUAAAAGCUGCAUCACGCAGGCUUUAAAUUCCCAAAUAGUUUGAGGGUAUCAUACUGGCAAUCAAUGAGAGGAACAUCUAUUGAGAUUGUGAAAACAUCAUAUGAAAGAGUGGUAUAAAAUUCAUUUUUAUUAGUGUAAUAAGUAACAAAAUAAAUGCGAGAUUGUUUCUAUGCCUGCAAUUUAACAAAGAUGUCAUUUUCUAUGCGAAUUUGGAUAGGACAAUUAUAGUAUGAAUUGGUUUCAAUUGUUUCUUUUCUUUCAGGUUCGUCAACAUCUUCAUUCAUUUUUUCUGUACUAUAUGCAGCAAAAGAUAUUCUAUCAAGUGUAGGGAAGAAAACGGUGGAGUACACGGUGCCAUUAGCAGAGAAAACUAAAGACAUGGCUGUGUUUGCAGGUUGGACUGUAGCGCACGACGGAACUGAGGCACCAGUGGAGGGAACCAAAGCAGCUGCAAGAGUAGUUGCCGGAGCAGCAGGGUAUGCUGGUCGUGAGGCUGUGGA